UGGAGGGGAGUGGAGACGAGAAGGAGGGAGGACGCACGAAAACCAGAGGAGGGGAGAGCAUGAGAGAGAGGGAGGGGAAUAGUGUAAGAAAGAGGGAGUGGGGAGGCAGGAAGAAAACAUUGGACCCCUUCUCAGUUUGGGAGAUUUUCUUAGUUUUUUUUUAAUUCCACCAAAACCGCAGGCGACUCGCAGCCGAAGCUGGCACCACACGAAGCCAGGACGCACGGUCAGUAUGAUGGGUAGAUAGCAGAAGACGAAAAACAAGGAAAAGAAGAUGUCGUUCUUUGGCCUGGACUGUGUCAGGAAGAAAGAGAGAGAGCUGGAGAGGAAACUACGAGCGAACGACCGCGAAUACAACCUCUCCUUUAAAUAUGCAACAAACGCCAUCAAGACCUCCAAGUACAACUUCUUCACCUUCCUACCUCUCAACCUCUUCGAGCAGUUCCAGAGGAUCGCGAACGCCUACUUCCUGUUCCUGCUCGUGCUCCAGGUGAUUCCUCAGAUCUCCUCUCUGUCCUGGUUCACCACCGUUGUGCCUCUGGUCCUCGUGCUGUCAGUCACUGCUGCCAAGGAUGCGACAGAUGACAUCAAUCGCCACAGGAGUGACAAUCAAGUGAACAACAGAAAGGUUGAAGUCCUUAUUGACAGAAAACUGCGGAACGAGAAAUGGAUGGACGUCCAGGUAGGAGACAUCAUCAAGCUGGAGAACAACCAGUUUGUCACGGCCGACCUCUUGUUGCUCUCCAGCAGCGAACCACUCAACCUCGUCUACAUAGAGACAGCAGAGCUGGACGGAGAGACGAACCUGAAGGUGAGACAGGCCCUGCCCGUGACAGGAGACCUGGGAGAUGACAUUGAGAAACUGUCAGACUUUAAUGGCGAGGUGCGCUGCGAACCUCCCAACAACCGCCUGGACCGCUUCAAAGGAACGCUGACUGUCGCCGGGCAGAAGUAUUCGCUGGACAACGAGAAAAUCCUGCUGCGAGGCUGCACCCUGAGGAACACCGAGUGGUGCUUCGGGGUGGUGCUGUUCGCAGGUCCAGAGACAAAACUGAUGCAAAACUGUGGGAAGACGACGUUUAAGAGGACCAGUAUCGACCGUCUGAUGAACGUCCUCGUCCUCUGUAUCUUUGGUUUCCUUGCCUUCAUGUGCACCAUCCUUGCCAUAGGAAACUACUUGUGGGAAAAGAACGAGGGCUCAGAUUUCCACGUCUUCCUGCCGAGGCUCGAUGACAGCGAGGCCGGUUUCUCCGCCUUUCUCACUUUCUGGUCUUACGUCAUCAUCCUCAACACCGUGGUGCCCAUAUCUCUCUACGUCAGCGUGGAGUUCAUCCGGCUGGGAAACAGCUUCUACAUCGACUGGGACAGGAAGAUGUACUACGCCCGGAACGACACCCCCGCCGAGGCUCGCACCACCACGCUGAACGAGGAGCUCGGACAAAUCAAGUACAUCUUCAGCGACAAAACGGGAACGCUCACGCAGAACAUCAUGAUCUUCAACAAGUGCUCCAUCAACGGCAAAUCCUACGGUGAUGUGUAUGAUUACAGCGGCCAAAGACUAGAAACUACUGAGUACUCAGACAGGGUGGAUUUCUCCUUCAACCCGCUGGCUGACCCCCGCUUCGUAUUCCACGACCACUCCCUGGUGGAGGCGGUGAAGCUGGAGAACCCCGAGGUCCACUCCUUCUUCAGGCUGCUGGCGCUCUGCCACACCGUCAUGGCCGAGGAAAAGACAGAAGGUGAGCUUUUCUACCAGGCCCAGUCUCCAGACGAGGGGGCGCUGGUGACGGCCGCCAGGAACUUUGGGUUUGUCUUCCGGUCGCGCACACCAGACAGCAUCACCAUCGUGGAAAUGGGGAAGCAGCGCAGCUUCGAACUCCUGGCCAUCCUGGACUUCAACAACGUCCGCAAGAGGAUGUCCGUCAUAGUGCGAAGCCCAGAAGGGAAGCUGUGUCUCCUCUGUAAAGGUGCAGACACCAUCAUCUACGAGAGGCUGCAUCAGUCCUGCAGCAAGAUGAUGGACGUCACCACAGAGCACCUCAAUGAGUUUGCAGGCGAGGGUCUGCGGACUCUGGCGCUCGCCUACAAGGAUCUGGACGAGGAGUACUUCGACCAGUGGAGGCAGCGCCACCAUGAGGCCAGCACUGCGCUGGACGACAGAGAGAGCAGACUGGACCAGCUGUACGAGGAGAUAGAGAAGGAUCUCCUGCUGCUCGGAGCGACGGCCAUCGAAGACAAGUUACAAGACGGAGUACCUCAGACUAUCGAGCAGCUGUCGAAAGCCGACAUCAAGAUCUGGGUUCUGACCGGAGACAAGCAAGAAACGGCAGAAAACAUCGGUUACUCGUGCAACCUGCUGCGGGAGGAGAUGAGUGACGUCUUCAUCGUCUCCGGGAACUCGCUGGACGACGUCAGACAGGAACUGAGAAACGCACGGAGCUCCAUGAAACCAGAGGCAGCAGAGAGUUCUGUGUUUUUACCGGAGAGGAUUCUGAGCAAACGCGUGAGAGCGAUUCCAGACGACGUGGUCGACGGAGAGUACGGCCUGGUCAUCAACGGACACAGUCUGGCGUACGCCCUGGAGCGCAGCAUGGAACUGGAUUUCCUGAGGACAGCGUGCAUGUGUAAGUCGGUGAUCUGCUGCCGCGUGACUCCUCUGCAGAAGGCUCAGGUGGUCGAGCUGGUCAAGAAGUACAAGCAGGUGGUGACUCUGGCCAUAGGAGACGGAGCCAACGAUGUCAGCAUGAUCAAAGCGGCUCACAUCGGCGUGGGCAUCUCCGGCCAGGAGGGCAUGCAGGCCGUGCUGUCCAGCGACUACUCCUUCGCCCAGUUCCGCUUCCUGCAGCGCCUCCUGCUGGUGCACGGCCGCUGGUCCUACCUGCGCAUGUGCAAGUUCCUGCGCUACUUCUUCUACAAGAACUUCACCUUCACCUUCGUGCACUUCUGGUUCGCCUUCUUCUGCGGAUUCUCGGCGCAGACCGUGUACGACGAGUGGUUCAUCACGCUCUACAAUCUCAUGUACACAGCUCUGCCCGUGCUGGGAAUGAGUCUGUUCGAUCAGGACGUGAACGACGCGUGGAGUUUCCAGCAUCCUCAGCUCUACGUCCCCGGUCAACUCAACCUGUACUUCAGCAAGAAGUCCUUCUUCAAGUGCGCCCUGCACAGCUGCUACAGCUCCUUGGUCCUCUUCUUCAUCCCCUACGCUGCCAUGAGGGACACGGUGAGGGACGACGGGAAGGACGUGGCCGACUACCAGUCCUUCGCCCUCCUCACUCAGACGUGUCUGCUGUUUGCCGUCAGCAUCCAGUUGGGGUUCGAGAUGUCUUACUGGACGGCGGUUAACACAUUCUUUGUUUUGGGCAGCCUGGCCAUGUACUUCGUUGUCACGUUCACCAUGUACAGUAACGGCUUGUUCCUCGCGCUGCCCUCAGCCUUCCCCUUCAUAGGAACAGCCCGAAACUCUCUGAACCAGCCCAACAUCUGGCUGACCAUCGUCCUCACCUCCAUCCUGUGCGUCCUGCCCGUGGUUACCUACCGCUUCCUGUUCAUUCAGCUCUGCCCCACCAUCAAUGACAAGGUGAUGUUCAAGGUGAGACAGGCCAAAGCGACGCUUCCUCCCCCGUCCCGACGCGCCCGCAUCCGCCGCACCAGCUCCCGCCGCUCCGGCUACGCCUUCUCUCACGCGCAGGGCUACGGGGACCUGGUGACGUCGGGGCGUUUCCUGCGGCGCCCGGCCGUGUCGCGGGCUUCGGGUUUCCCGCACGCCGGCCGCAGCACCACCAGCUUCAGCCCCAUGGGCCGAUCGGCCGGCUACAGCCCGACCGGGCGCCCCCAGAGCGCCAAGGCCCCGGACGUGGAGGUGACGUCGCUGCAGAUGUACAGGACGUUCGAAGACCCCGCACGAAGAUCCUGACGUGCGGGAUCCCGAAACAUCUUCUUCAACACUUUGAGGCUCGCGUCCCAGACGGAUUCAAAGCUGCUUCUGAUCUGACGGAGGAAAAGUUUGAGAUGAGUCGUUUUUUUUUUUUGUCAAAAAGGCAAAAAAAAUGUUUAGCCGCUCUUGAUGAGCUGAUGCCGUUGUGUAACACAUGCAUCGUGCAGGGGCUGCAGACGAGAGCCUGGCGAAUGAAAUCCACAAUAACGAGGUGAUUUUUUAAAAAAAAAAACAUUUUACCACAAGAGGAAAACGGUUUCCUGAGAGGAAAACAAAACUGUCGUCAUGUUUACAGACUACCUGGUUACUUUUCUUAACGCUGGGAGUCCGGGAUGCACAGCGGUGCUUCGUACAGGAAAUAACCAGCGAAGCCGCGCUGCAUGGAAUAUUUAAUCUUGAGGAAUCUUGAAGAAUUACGAGCAGUUAGCACUUUGGCGUCGUCACACGGAAAGAUGGAAAACGCUCCGACCAAACGAAUCCACAGUGGAGGAGGAGGAGGAGGAAGAAAAGGAGGAGAAGGAGGAGAAGGAGGAGAAGGGAAGUGGUUUCGCUGCAGGAUUCAGCAACGACGGCGCGUUCAGCCUCUCGUUGAUGUGCUAAAAAGUAAAAGGAUUACGUGCAAACAAAGUUCAACAAAUCUGCAGGUCCAGGUCGUCACAUGAAUUUAAACUAAAGUAGAACCUAAAAAAAACAUUUUAGUUUGCAGAUAUAACUAAAUACACAUCAGGUUAAACUUAUCAGCGCUGUAAAGAACAAAACUCAUAGUGAAACUAAUGCAAACUAAACAUUUUUAAAAGUAAGAAUAAACGGUCAAGUUAAAAUGAUUUCAGGAGUAAAAUAAAAUGUAAUAAUCAAACCUGUAUGACUCUGAAGCAGAGUAAAUGCAGGUGUAACGUGGAUAAGUCAUCCAUCAGAAUAAGAGUUUUUAUCUGAUUGCCAGGUUUUGAAAGCUGCAUUUCUUUGCAGAUGAUAUGUUACUACAUCGAUUAUAUUACAGUUUCAUUUCAAAGUGUGAAAUACAGUUUUCCCAUUUUCUCCCCCAAGACUCUGAAAAUCUAAUCAAACAUCACGAUCUGAGAAAAGAAGCAUCGAUCUGUGGUUGGACUUUAACUAAUUUAAAUAAUUUCUCUGAGAAAUUUAAAUGAUCACAAUCUAAUUUUAUCGAUGUUGUGCAUCAGACUUGUCGUCUGAAAAGGGACGACAGUGGACCAAGAGAUACUGGUGCAGAUACUUAAUGAUGCUAAAGCUAAAGCUCAUAGUUUCCUGUUACUAAGGAGCAUCAUUGAAAUGGGAAUAUAUUCAUAAAAAGUUAAAUCUCAGUAGAUUUGUUGGAGGACGCACAGUGAAACAAAAGGAUAUUUUUUCACAACCUGGCAACAACCCACAGGCUUUACUUCCCAGUGCCUUAUUAUCUAUUAAUGAAGCCAUUAGUUUAAAUAAUGUCUCAAAUCAUCUACAGCAUGCGAUUUCUUUCUUUCCUUACCUUCAGAUGUAAAUAAACUAUAGCAAAAAAAAAAAAAGAAAAAAAUAAGAAAAAGUUACUUGCAUAUUCUUACCGGUUCAAACAAGAAGGAGGACGAGGAGGAGGAAGAGGAGGAGCAGAGCUGCGUCGUGACUAAACAUGAUAUCGUUGUUUGCUGUAGGAAAAUCAACCACAUCUACCUGUGCUUCGGAGCUUUAUCAUAAACACACUACACAAAGCUGAGCGAUGCUUUAAUUCAUCCGGGGACACUUUUCGUUUCCUGCCCCACCUUAGUAUCCGAUGUUAAAUCAGGCCACUCUUUGCUAUGAUGUCAAAGUCAUUUACACAACAGGGAAGCAAACGUUUGGAAGCAACUUCACGUUUCUGUUCACAAUGGCUUUUUUAAAAAAAAAAUCUGGGAUGACUUUAAUUUUAUUGAUAUUCCUCAAUUUACCUUUAGGUUUACGUUAAUGUUACCAGAACAUGAAAAGAAAAGAAGAAGGGCUUAGCUUUAGGGUUGAAAAGAUUUCGCAACUUCAGUGCAUAAAAGAAAAACAAAAAGAAAUCACAGUUUGAAUUAUUCUUUUUAACGGUUUGGUUUUUGAGAGUCUGCAUAUAAAUAUUCCUUGGGGAAUGAAUGCUAUGAUGAUGUUUAAAGCCAUAGGAGUUUACCAUAAAGAAAGAAAAACUCAAAUACCUGAUAAAUAGUAAAAACGUCUUCUGAUAAGUUACUUUUUAUAUAAUAAUCAUGUUCAUUUUGAUGCAAAGCACCAAUGAAACUAUGAUCUUUGAUGUUGCUUCCAAACGUUUUUUGCCCGUCGUGUAUUUGCUUUAGUCUGACGUUCUCGGUACCACGUUAUCAUCUUCAUCAGCGCGUCUUUCUCCUCAGAUGUACCAGCUCGGUAAAAAAAACUAAUAAAUAAAACAGGUUGCCUUAAUGUUAGAAGAAAAUAUUUCUCAUGCAACAUAAAAAAAAAAAAAAAUAGUGGCAAGAAUGUUUGAUUAAAAACAAAAAAAGGACAAAAAAUGCAGCUCUGUUUUUUUUUAUAUAAUUAUUAUUAUUUAUUUUUAAGGUUAAGGGAAAAUAAUAAUGUCAGGACUCAGGCCUGUUGUUUUAAGGUGUUCGUUCGUUCGUGGGAUUUACUGCCAUCCCUCCUUAGUCCACCUGUGGUUCAGGUUUUAAUAUUACACAGUCGUCUCCGUGUGUCAUUCGUACGUGUUUCACUCUCGGUUUAAGGCCAUUUAUUGUCUGAAUAAUCUGUGAUUGUUGCCCCGAAAUUGAAUGUACUGAACCAAAGAUUUACGUGCGGUAGUUUAGUCUAAAAAGUAAAUCUGUCGCUCGUCAGACACGAUUAGAUGCUGGAGGACGGUGCAGUGAAGCUGCUCCAAACCACUCACAACACUCUCACUGUAAAGUUUUCUACCUGCAAACAUUUCAAAGUCUCAAAAGCAAUUUUUGUUUCGUCUUUUUAGUCAGAUAUCAUUGGUUUCAACCAUCAGGUGAACAUGAAGCUGCAGGGCUCUCGUUUGCUAACGUUGGAGCUAACGGGCAUUUAAUCCGUCUUAAUAAAUAAAAGAGUCUCAUCGUGAGCCAGUAGAAACUGUCUCGUGUUGCAGCUUUGUCUGUUAACACAGAGGGAAUUAAAAGUGGCCAUUACACAGUCCCCGUAAUAUAAUGAACUUAUAAUAAACAGUUUAGUCCUCGUGUUUCUUUGGUACAAAAAUAAAAUGGUAGCCAAAAAAUAUUCCUUUCCAUAUUUAUCAGUGUAUUGUACCACUUUGUUUCUCGCCAUUAAGACUGAAACGGCUACAUAAGGAAUUUUUGAUAAAUAUUUUUACACGUAACAAUGAUUUUUCUUUUUUGUUUUCUUAUUCUUUUUUGCACUGCUCUUCUGAAUGAAAAUGUAUCUUUUUGUACCUUCAAAUGAUUUUACUGCAAUAAAAAAAAAAGAUCUCAUAGAUCAA